GUACUUUCGCUUUACGCCUUCGAGGCUCCGGCUCGUCCUUGUACCAGUGUCCAGUCUGCCGCUGCGGCAACUACCCACCGCCACCGCCACCGCCAUUCCGGCAUGGCGAAACCUCCGCGCCACACCCUGACCAUGCCGUCCGCCCACCCUCGCGGGAUCCCGAAACGCGCGCUCCCGCGACUCGGUGCGGCGCUCUUUUUUGUAACCCUCGUCGGCGUCGCCCUGCCCUUGGCCGUGCUGCACCGUGCCGCCGUCUCGCGGCACCCGCUGGAGGACCCGUGGGGGCGGUACCCGCUUCCCUCGCUCGCCGCAGACGACGAGGAGAGCGCCCAAGGUGAUGAUCUGGACAGUGAGGAUCUCAAACUUGACCGAGUUUUGCAGAAGGCUUCAAUGAGGGACAACACAGUUAUAUUGACUACACUUAAUGCUGCAUGGGCUUCUCCUGGCUCGGUGAUAGAUCUAUUUGUUGAUAGUUUUCGCUCUGGUGUUAGAACAAGUUCACUCUUGAACCAUCUAGUCAUUAUAGCAUUUGAUGGGGAUGCGUACAGACAAUGUGUCAAGAUCCACCACUAUUGCUUUGCUCUUGGAACUGAAGGUGUGGAUUUUUCUGAAGAGAAGAGGUUCUUGACUUCUGGGUAUCUGGAGAUGAUGUGGAAACGACUAGAUUUCUUGCGGCUGGUUCUUGAAAAGGGCUACAGCUUCAUAUUCUCGGAUGCAGACAUAAUGUGGUUUCGCAAUCCAUUUCCUCACUUCUAUCCUAAUGGUGACCUUCAGAUUGCUUGCGACCACUAUGUUGGGAAUGCAACAGACUUGAGAAACAUUGCUAAUGGAGGCUUCAAUUAUGUGAAAUCGAAUGAACGGACCAUAGAGUUCUACAGUUUCUGGUACUCAUCACGAUUGAGAUAUCCUGGCUACCAUGAUCAGGAUGUCUUCAAUGCUAUUAAGCAUGAUCCAUAUGUCGCAGACAUUGGGCUGGAAAUUAAGUUUUUAAGUACAGCAUACUUUGGCGGAUUUUGUGAACCAAGCAGAGAUUUAAAUAAGGUCUGCACUAUGCACACUAACUGUUGCAUCGGUUUGCGGAGCAAGAUUCAUGAUCUGAGGAUUAUGAUGGAAGAUUGGAGGAACUAUUUGUCACUGCCUCCAAGCUUGAAAAGAUUGUUGACAUUGUCCUGGAGGGUGCCACAAAAUUGCAGCCUUUCUUCGCUAAACUAAUAAAAUUCCAUGCUUAUGGAACACAAAAGGAAAUGAGAACAGUGGAGCAUGCAUAAGGUGUUCUCCACAUUUUCAUCAAAGAACUAACUGGAAGGUCGGGCUACUAACUUCAUUAGUGUUUCCCCCCAUACUUUACCAACUUCAAUUUGAUGUAAGUAGAAUUUGAUGUCGUAAUUAGUCGGAUAUGUGCUGACCUCUGUAUGGAUGAAACAUAACUUCCUUGAAUGUUCAUGUUUAUCUUUCGAAAAAAGAAUGAGCAUGCCUGCUGA